AGUUGGUGAAUAUGGAGGAAGAAAAGAAAUGUGCAGCCAGACCCCAGAGAGGAGCAGUGCCUGCAAUACCACCUCCUGUUCCAGCCAAAGGGCAUUUACGCAGCUGAGAAGUGCACUAUUGGGGAGCAGCACAGUAAUCAUUCACAGAAGGAGCAGAUUAGGCGAGAAAUCUGUUUCUGGACUGGAUCACCUCAGACUGCAGGGUGGCUGUGGGAGAAUGGAACAUUUCUCCAUACAAGUUAACCAAAAACGUCCCUGCACACAGAAAUACAGCAGGAGAAGAGUACAGAAGCUUGCUGGCCACCUCCCCUUGCUCUCCCUGUGAAGCAGCCAAGGCUUCAGCCACUCUGCGCUUUAAUGGUUAACAACCACCCCAACAGAGCAGCCGUUUCUACAGCACCAGGGAAGGUUGCAAAAGGACUUCCCUUUCCUAUGUUGCCAACUCAGAAGAACUGAAGUGAGUGAGCAGAUCGUUUGUCUUUCUUCUGGCCUGGAAUUGCUUUUGGGAUGUUGCUGGCAGCAAGCGUUACUCUGAAGUGCAUUGUGAUCUUUCUGAUUCUGUCUGCUUCCCAGGUCCCUGCAAAUCCACAUGAAGAGAUACAGAGUUGCCUGCAAAAAUGUAUUCCUUGCAGAUCAGCUACUAACCACAGAACAGCCAAUCUCACUCUGGAUCCAAAGACAGCUCAUCCCCAGCUCUAUGUCUCUGAUGAUCUGAAGACAGUAAAAUGGAGAGAUAUGAAACAACAUGUGACUAGCGGUCCUCUGAGAUAUGACGUGAUGGCCAGCGUAUUAAGCCAUGAGGGCUUCACCUCAGGGAAAAAUUGCUGGGAAGUAGAGGUGGUGCAAGGAGGAAGCUGGUGGGGUGUGGGUGUUAUCAGGGAGUCCGCAAACAGAAAUGGGCCUAUUUUCCUUGCACCUGAAGGGGGCUACUGGGCUGUACAGCGUAUUGAUGGACAGUACCAGGCAAUCACCAAUAAUCCUAGGACAAAUUUGUCCUUGUGCCACCCCCCCAGUAGGAUCCGGGUUUCCCUGGACUAUUCUGAGGGUCUGGUAGCAUUUUUUGAUGGUGAUACCAAUGCUCAUCUCUUUACCUUUCCAAAAGCUGAGUUCGCUGGAGAGAAGAUCCAUGCUUGGCUCUUGAUCUAUGGGUGGAAUGGGGAGCUCACAAUCCAUCCAUGAGACAAAGGAACAUCCUAAUGCUUUCAGGGUCUGUGAAACCUGCUGUUCUAGGUUCUCAAAUCAGUCUCUAUGUGUGGUUUUGGAGGGCUCCGAUAUAGGAACACCUUUCACAUCUCAACACUGGCAUUAGGGUAAUACUUUUAUUAGGCCAGCCAAAAUGCCACAAAAUACUAUGCAAGCUCUCAAGUUCUUCAGAAUUCUUCACAGGAUUUGUGAGUUUUAUCUCUGUCGUUUCUAUAUUGCUUUGUUUUCACUAUGUCAUACUUUUACACCACUUUGAAACUUUUUGUAUUAGCAGUCUAUAGGGAUGGAAGGUUCUGCCAAUGUUAGUACUCUGUUUCUCAUUUUUCCAACCCUAAAUUCAGUUCACAUUUCUGUAGCAAUUUGUGGUUUUUUAAAAAAAAUUCCUCCUGAAAAUUCUUCCAUGUUUUUACACAAAUUUCUUCUAAUAAACACAUUUGUUUGCAGUUCUUCCUAACAUACACAUAUUUGCAAGCCAUUUCUCCUAAUAUAAUGCAUUUGUAUUUUAUUUUCACAAUAUAUUCAUUUUUAUGCAUGAUUUUCCCCUAAUAUAUGGUUUUUGUAAACGUUGGUUGGUUGGGAAACUACAGCGCAAACUUCAAAUAAGUGCAAAUUUCAAAGUACAGCUGUGUUUGGUUGUCAUUUCGUUCUUGAAAAUGUGGAUUUGAUAUCUUUGGCUUUAAAUGCAAACUGACUUUAAUUUCUCCCCCAUCCCUAAGUGGUGUAUAAAUUAUUGUAAAUGAAUAAAUAAAUAAAGGCUUGGUGGUAAGCAAGAGGUGGAAGUUCCCCAAGGAUCAGUAUCGGGACCUGUACUGUUUAACUUGUUAAUAAAUGAUCUAGAGUUGGGGUGAGCAGUGAGAUGGCCAAGUUUUCUCAUGAUACUAAAUUGUUCAGGGUUGUUAAAAAGAGAAAGGCGAUUGUGAAGAGCUCUAAAACGACAUCUCUGAACUGAGUGGGUGGUAAAAUGGCAAAUGGAAUUAAUUUGUUAAGUUUUGCAUAUUGGAGCAAAUAAUCUUAAUUUCACAUGCAUGAUCAAAGGAUCUGAAUUGUCGGUGACUGACCAGGAACAAAACAGUACAUAGUUAACCUAUGGAAUUCGCUUCCAUAAGAGGCAGUGAAGGCCACCAACUUGGAUGGCUUUAAAAGACAAUUAGCCAAAUUCAUGGAGGAAAAGGCUAUCAGUGGCUACUGACUAUGAUGGCUAUGCUCUGCCUCCAAAGUCAAAGGCAGCAUGCUUUUGAAUACCAGUUGCUGGAAACUGUAGGAGGGGAGAGUGCUUUUGCACUCAGGUCUUGCUUGUGGGCUUCCAACAGGCAUCUGUUUGGCCACUGUGUGAAAGGGAUGCUGGACUAGAUGGGCCACCCGCCUGAUGCAGCAGGCUCUUCUUACAUUCAUAUGUUCUUAUGAAGAGAAGUAAAUAGCUGGCUGAUGUUGAAAUCAUGGAGCUUUAUGGCACAGUAUUAUGUGAGAGGAGGCAGCAGACAUUCAAAUGAGACUGUAGUAGGUGUUAUGUAGGUUUCAGGUUCCACCUAGGACUGCUAGGAAUAAGAAACACAUGAUGGUUGAUUCCCUAUUUUCAAAAUUAUAAAAUCCAGCUGUUACCUAGCUCUGCUUCCAUUCUUAAGCAAAACACACAGAUUUCUUCGUAGAUGGGAAACAAAAAUAAAUGGAUAGCCUUAAAAGAGGUUUAGAUGAAUUCAUGGAGAAUAAAACUAUCAAGGGCCACUAGCCACCAAGGCUAUGUUCCACCUCCACUGUCAGAGGCAGUGGAGUACCAAUUGCUGGGAAUUGCAGGUGGGGAGAGCGUUGGUCCACUCAGGUCUUGUUUGCAGGCUUUCUGUAGGCAUCUGAUUGGGCCACUGUGAGAAAAGGAUGCUGGACUACAUGGGCCUUUGGCCUGGUCCAGCAGCCUCUUCUUAUGCUCUUAAAGAAACUAGGCAAUUUUUAUAUUAACAAAGCUGGAAAUUAAUUUUGGGUGGCAUACUAGGUUAAAAAGCUCAAUAGAUGCUGAACUGGUUAGCUUUACCUAGUGCUUGGAGGAAAUGUUCCCUCAGAGAAUAAAGUCCCACCUUGAAACAAUAUAAGAUCCUCUAGUUUAGGAUCCCACUGUUGAACAGUUGAAUCUGGUAUUCUCCCAAGUCACACAAAUAGCAAAGGUAGCCACAUUGGCCCAUAAGAAAAAAUCCAAAAUCCACAUUAAGGAAACACCUUCAUUAGGCCAACCAAAAUCUUAGCGUGCAGAUGUCCACAUUCUCCAGAACUUUUUAUCAGGCUUCAUAUUCAACCCUCCGAAUCCCAGAGACAGAUACAUUCAGGAGGUGUCACUCUAAAGGACUACCUACUUACCUUGUGUAGCAAGGCCAAAAUGUUCUCUUUGAGGUGCUGUAUGGCAUAUUUGAAUAAACCAGGGAUGUAGUUCUCUAGGGUUGCAGGGGGUCAUAGCCCCUUUUUGGGAGCAGGCUCCCUGCCAGGUCCCUAUGUACAAGUCAAUGAGCAUGAAAGGGGACCAUGUCAGCCACUGAGAAGAGUCCUUGUCCUUUUGUGCUGACUGGAGCCAAUCCGAGUGAAAGGAGGUGAGUCAGCCACUGAGAAGACUCUUCUCAGGAGCUACAGUAACACAUAGCCUUCCCCGUCAUCCUGAUUGGCUCCCAUGGAUGUCUGUUGUAGUAGAGUGUGGACUCAGAGACAGUAUGGAGAGCAAGGGAGAUGAGGGAAAGUGGGAAUGGGGGCAUGGCUGGGAGGGGGCAUUGCAUGACUAUCAUGAAGGGACCCUGCACCUCUGCACCUCUGAAUUUGCCACUACACUACUGGAGCUGAGAGAUACUUUUGCAGAUUUCACUGAAGAUUUAAUGAAUAUUCCAAAGCAUAUUUACUCCAAAGUAAAUCCCACGUCCCACUAAAUUCAGCAGGGCUUACCGCCUGGUAAGCAUGCAGAGGAGUGUAGCCUUAUAUUUAAUAUAUAUAUAUUUAAUGAAUAUAUGUUUUAGUGCAGGGGUGCGGAGCCUCAGGCAUGUAUACCAAAUCUACCUGACCUUGGUAUUCUGCCCAGGCCACCCCAUCUGCCACCCUACCCUUCACCAGCUGUGCUUUAUAGAUGGGCAGCAAAAAGGUGAGUGUUUUUACCUGGCCAGAAUGUGUCUGAUCAUGACUCUUGCCUGCCUGGAUGGAUGGAGGAUUGAGAGAUGUGUACGAGUGUGUGUAGAAACUAGAGUACCGUACAAAGGUAACAUUUAUAUUUGUUGCUCCAUCCACUUUUGCCUCUGGCCCCGCCCACCACUGGCAUGUGAACAGUGCACCAAUGAAUUCUUUCUUGUGGUGGUUGUAUUAAUGAUAGCAAUUUUGUGCACAGAAAGAUAGUAUACACCAGCUAUUGUAAGUAAAAAAUUUUUUAAUAUAUAUAAAGAUUUAUCAUGUAUGGUUUU